AUAGGUCGGGAACCAGCUGAGUUUUCAGGGAGGGGGAAAGCGAUGGUCCAACUAACUACAACCAGCUUGCCGGCAGCUGACAACUGUGCUGGAAAACUAGACCCGGAUACAAGGCAAUCAGACGCACACACACACACACAAAACCAAAUUUCGUCCGAGGAAUUACCGCAUGAAAUGAAGCUUCGGAUGCGGAGACACGUCUGACAAUAGUAUCACCGUCGGAAAGAGGUGGAGAAACACAUGUCGGGUUCCAGUGGUUUAUUGUUCCAGACGACUGAUUCUGAAGAAAGGCACUGAUUGCAGGUUAUCAGACCGAAAAUGUGGCAGGAAGUUCCCCUAAUUGUUGCAGUUUUUGUGACUGUGUGCUCCACGGACAAUCCAGGUCAAUGCCACAAACCUCCGCUUGUUAAAUCUGCCGUCCCAGAGGAGCAGUAUCUCAUUCAGCAAAGUUUCCCCGUGGGUCAAGUUGUUUAUUAUGGAUGUUUGCCAGGUUAUAGGUGGAAUGACAGCACUCCAAAUUUUGUCAUUUGUCAAGCCAAUUUAACUUGGUCAGAGCCAUUGAUGAGUUGCAUGCCUAAACUUUGUGGUCCUCCAAAUGAUUUACAAAAUGGUUACUACACUAUUACUGGUCAAACAUUUGGGAGCUCAGCAUCUUACCACUGCAAUAAAGGUUAUCUAUUGCUUGGCAAAGGUCAGAUCCUGUGCACCAGUGUUGGAUGGAGCAAGAGUUUUAAAUUCUGUGACCCUGUUCCUGAUGAUGAGGUAAAGCCUCCCAUUCCUUCUACUGACGCAACUAUAAUCAGCACAGUAUACGAAACAACAGUUCGGACUCACUCCAUUACUGCAGAUGCUCUUUCUGAUAAUGAAGACCAGAUUUCCAUUCCUUGUACCGUCACAUGUACAAUCAACGCAAAAAUAGCUCAGUCUCGUUCCCUUACUACAGAGACAAAGCGUUCAUUUACAUCAUUACCUAGCUAUACUACUACAUAUGAACAAAAUCAAAGCAAUCAUUCUAUGAACAUAAAUGUGAACGCAAUAAUAAUCGAAACAACGUCUCCAAGCAAACCACAAAUUCCUUCAGACAACUUUGAAAAGAGAAUAGUACUUCCAGCAACUCUUACCUGUUCAGGACUGGGUAUCAUUUUUGCUGGAGCAAUAAUCCGGUUUAUUAAUGAAAGAAGAAAGUCUGGGUCCUAUAAAACAGGGAGCCAAUUCCUAGAACAUGACAAGGAUAUGGAAUUACCAACAGUUAAACGCAUGAAUGAGCCCAGAAUCCCUCAAAAUAUAUGAAGAAGAUAGCCUAGACCCUAAUAUUUUCUUACUUUAAAGACAAAUGCCAGAAAUUGUAUUCUAGAUGCAAUUCAGUUGGUCAAACUAUCAAUGGAAAGCACAUUUUAUUCAUACACUAUAGUUAAAAUACAGCAAAAGUAAGAGGAGGAAUAACUUAACUCUAUUGGAAAAAGUAAUAGAAUAAUUGAUUAUUUUAGUACCUAAAACGUAACAGAUCUAAUAUAGUAACAUCUCAUAAACAUACCUUUGGCAAAAGUAAAGUCAAUAAAACAGAUGGUCUCACAUGCAAUUCUAGCAGCCCAAGAGGAAAAGCAUCAAGAGGAAACUCAAAGUGUAGCAGGGAGAGAUGUACUGCAGCUUCUUAACACUGCAGAGAGCCCAGCAACAACUCCUGCCACUGAAACAAAUAUAGAAAAUAAAAUUUUGGUUCUUUGAGAGCUUCACCCCACCAUUCAGACUAAGUUCUAUUGUUGCAACUUAAAAAAAAACCAAGGCCUCACAAACUGUUUAUUCUAAUGGCACUGUGUAGAUUGCUCAGCACCUGUGCCUUAAAACCUCUCUUGGAAAAACACCAGAACCUAACCAGAACAUAUGACUCUUCAAGUCAUAGAAUCAUCAUAUUAGAAAUUGGAACUGUAGUCAUUUUACAUUAAUUUUGGCUAUGAAAUUGUUUGUGGAGGAGUGGGUGCAGUCCAGCUCUUUUGGUUCAAUGAAUCAAGUUUGUAGAGUGCUCCAAGAUAACUGAAAGGAUUCAGAAUGGUGUGAUAUUACUGCUACUUCUAGAACUUUGGACAAUGUAUAUAUAAAACAUAAAAUGUUUACAAUUUCUUGCUUGAAUAUGAUUUUUUUUAAUGGGAAUGAUUAUAAGAAACUUGCACUGUUAACUCUGAUAAACUAUGAUGUAAACACCUGCCCAUUUUUGCAACUUAGCAAAAUUGUAUUGUAUUGACACCAAGAAUGGGCCUGCCUAUAGAUAAAGGGACUGAGAUGUCUUCCCCCAAAGUUUGUGAUAUAAGGCACAGCCUUAUUUUGCCUGGAGUGUUUUUUAUUGUGACAAACUGUUUGAACAUUUACAAAAACAGGGAAGGAUCACUGGCAAUCUGAAUUUGUAAGUGAUUCUCUCUUUAAAGAAAAAUGUAUCAAAGUAUGGAACAAGUUCAGGACUUUGAAGAUAUUAAAACUUAUAUAAAAAAAUGUGUAAACCUUGAACAAAGAAUUUUGGCAAAAAUGUUCUGUAUUGCUUUACAAUGCACAUUAGGGACAAUUAUAAUCAAAUUAUUUGUCAUACUGAUGAUUAUCAUCAUACAAAUCUGGAUGCUGCCUGUUCUGCUUUUUUUUCAGCAUUUUCACAUCAUUAAAGCUUUUGUGCAUAGAGAGAGAAAAUAGUGAUCCAAACACCCUGGACUCGUCUGAGAUUACCACAUCAAAUAUAACACCAGUCUUAAUGCCAAUAGGUGACAGACAGGAUCCAGAAAAUGAGGAAAAACACCAUAGAGAGACACAUUAUUUUAACAUGCAGGUACUUCAAUGAGUGAAUGAAAUUUUCUUUACACUUGUUUUAUGUAAAUAUGGAACAAAGAUGGCAAUAUGCAAUGUUUCUGUAAUUUGGAAAUUUGAGUUUGUUUCACUGAUCAUUUACAUUGUCGUGAUUGUUAAGAUGUGUAAUCAGAGGUAUUAGUCCCUGUGAAUGAAUUAUACUACUGUAAAAAUAAUUUUUUUGGCAUAGAAUGCACAACUAUUGUCCGGUUUCCCAGUUUUAAUAAAAAGAGGGAGAGUUUGGAAGAAUGGUCUUAUCGGUUUCAAUGCUAACUCGGUUUUUCUCUCCACAGAUACAGCCAGAUCUGCUGAGUUUCUCUAGAACUUCUUAUUUUUUAUAAUAAAUAGCUUAUUAAUUUAAGAACAAU